AAGAAACAGAGUACUAAAAAGUUUUCAUCUUGGUUGUUUAUCUUAAAGGUGAAAAGGGUAAAGAAAAAUCUGUCAGUUUUGGAAUUUUGAGGUGCAAAUGGAAAAUUCAGAUGAUAAAAGUGCAAAAAAGGAUGAAUUUGAAUUUGGUUCAUUUGAGAGCAGGAUAACAAGUUCAAAUUCAGUAACUUUUUCUAAAGAGUGUUAUUCUUCACCUUCACCUCUUGGUUGGCCUAUUAGAAAGGCUCAGGUGAUGAGCAAAUGUGUUGGUGUUCCUCAAGACAAAAUGAAAGGCGAAUCCAAAGUCAAGGAAAUGAAUACAAAAGUUUCAGAUAUGGAGAUGAUGAAAGAGAGAUUUAGUAAAUUGUUACUUGGUGAAGACAUGUCUGGAAGUGGCAAAGGGGUUUGCACAGCUUUGGCAAUUUCAAAUGCCAUAACAAAUCUUUGCGCCACUGCAUUUGGUCAAUUGUGGAGAUUAGAACCUUUGCCUUCCGAGAAGAAACAAAUGUGGCAAAGAGAAAUGGAAUGCCUACUUUGUGUUAGUGAUCACAUUGUCGAAUUUAAACCUUCUUGGCAAACAUUAGCUGAUGGAAAUAAGCUUGAGAUAAUGAGAUGCAGACAAAGAUCAGACAUUUUUGUCAACCUUCCAGCUCUUCGCAAACUAGACAACAUGCUUCUGGGACUACUAGAUGGUUUCACUAACACCGAGUUCUGGUACGUUGACAAGGGGAUUACAACACCAGAACCUGAUAGUUUAGCCUCUUUUCAUAAACCAUUACAACGUCAAGAGGACAAGUGGUGGCUACCUGUGCCUCGUGUCCCUGCUGGUGGUCUACAAGAAGAUACACGAAAAAAGUUAAACCAUAAACGCGAAUCAGCUAAUCAGAUUCUAAAAGCUGCCAUGGCUAUCAAUAGUGUUUCUUUAUCAGAAAUGGAAGUCCCUGAAUCAUACUUGGAAUCCCUUCCAAAGAAUGGGAAAGUUUGCCUAGGAGAUGUGAUCUAUCAGUAUAUAAUAUCCGAGCAGUUUUCAUCAGAAAUAUUGCUAGAUUGCCUUGAUCUUUCAUCUGAACAUGCUGCUUUAGAAAUUGCAAACCGCGUGGAGGCAGCAAUCUACAUAUGGCGUAGAAGACCUCACUCAAGACCGUCACCUAAAACAUCAUGGGAUAUGGUGAAGGACCUGAUGGCAGAUGGACAUAAACGAGAUCUACUAGCUGACAGAGCUGAAACCCUCUUAAUUUGCUUGAAGCACCGGUUUCCUGGAUUAACUCAAACAUCUUUGGACACUGCCAAGAUUCAGUGUAACAAGGAUGUAGGAAAAUCAAUUCUAGAGAGCUAUUCAAGAGUCCUGGAGAGUUUAGCAUUCAACAUUGUGGCACGCAUUGAUGAUCUACUAUAUGUAGAUGACUUGUCUAGACAAUCAGAGAAUAGGCCAUCUAGAGUCAGCACAAGUACUCACAAAAGGGUGUCAGUGUCGACCACCUCAGGUUCCCCAUACAGACCUAGUUUUGGGACUCCAAAGUUUUCACCUGGACCAUUAGUGAGCCCUGCAAAGGCAGACAGGACUCCUUUCUUGACAAGCAAUGGAAACAGUAACAAGCCACCUAGCCGAGGUUGUGGGGUUAGGCGAGCUUUAACAAGUUAUCUUGGUGGUCAUGAAACAAGGGUCAGGAGUCUAGAAGGUCCAGCUGGUUGUGUCUCUACAAAGAAUGGAGAUCUGACGCCUUCUCGCAGUAGCAUAGAUUGUCCAUCAAGCCAAAAGGAGAACCGAACACCAAGAAGAUUACAGAAAACGGAUUGUUGAGUUUAUUGUUAUUUUAGUUGUACUAAAAUCUAAUAUUAGUGUCUAUGUUAAUGUGAAUGAUGCUAAAAGUUCAAUUAAUUGCUUGUUGAAUGUCUUAUCUUAUUUCAGUUAACUAUAUUCAAUGAGAAUGAAAUUACAAUA